AUGACUUUGCUUGUCAUUGAUGACUUUGGUCAGCGCAAGUUCAGCUGCCCUGCUGCAUCUUCUGCCAUCCUGGGUGGAGAUGGACAAGUUCCUUCUCCUGUUCCUGCUGCUGGGUCCUUUGCCUCUUGUGUUCUUCCAAGGUGUGGUCAAGAGGCUCACGCCAAAGUGUGUAUGGUCUGCAACAUUUUCAAGAAAGGUAAAUGUGUGGAAGGCAAGGGCAACUGCACCCUGGAGGAGGGCGGCGAAUGCAGAACGAGGGAUAUCUAUUCUUUCACUUUCAAAGAUGGGUUUUUCUACAACUACACUAUAUUGGACUGCUCUAAUCCAUGUAAGGCUUGGAGGUUGGUUCGUGGGUAUCUGAAGGUUUCAAGUUUUUGCUGCAAAAGUCGAAAUUUCUGUAACAGAUAUUAUGGAAAAAUAGCAGAAAAUUUUGUUCACUGA